AUGCAGGAAAGAGAGGUGGAGCUCUUCGGUGGCGCCAUCACGUGCGCCCUCCCCACCACUGCGGUCGACGUGAGCGAGUUCCGUCAGGUGCCCGACACGCAGGAGGUGUACGCAGAGGCGGAGACAGGCAUGUGCAUCAUCGUCGAGCUGUUGUCGCGCCAGCGUGAGUUGAGUGACGCGGACUGUGGCGAGUUCUUCUACAAGGACCUUGCACACGCAAACGGCUGCGUUCACGGUGACUACACCAUCCAGCAGCAGCGCCAGCUCGUCUCCUCUGAAUACCCGCACGUCUCGCAGCUUCCACCAGAGGCCGCGCCGCAGCAGCAACUCCGGCGGGACGUGUACGGAUGCCUCGUCUGCGGCCUGCAGCGUGUUUCUAAGUACACGAACGAGAAGGGCAAGGAGAACGACGUGCUGGUUGCACUGGCAGUUCUGCGCCUUCCCCCACCCAUUUCUACCGACGUGCUGCUCUCCAUCUCCGCCCCGCAGCGUAUUCACCCGGAAAGCAGCGAGGCGCAUGUGGUGCAGCGGCUGCGUGGCGAGGCGGAGGUGUUGGCGCUGCUGCAGAGAAUGCUGCUGACGCUCAACGUGAGGAACUGGGGCUUAUUUGUGCCAGAGGACUGA